AUGCCACCCGCGCCCGCGCCCGCGCCCGCGCCCGCCGACGUCCAGGCCUGUGUGCUGCGCGCCUUCGACGGGCUGCCCGCCAAGUGCAAGCCCCGUGCGCGCGACUCGCACGCCCGCGAGACGGGCAUGAAGUGUCUCCCCGCCACCAAGGUGCCCGCCGCCCACGGCGUCGUGCUGCACGACUGGCACGCCGAGGUGCUCGCCCUCCGCGCCCUCAACCGCUUCCUGGUCGACGAGUGCGCCGCCCUCGUGUCCUCGGGCGCUCUUGCUUCGGACUUUGUCGUGCGUCGGGACGCGGCCGAGAUAUCGCGGACUGUGCCGCAGCCAUUCGCUCUCCGGACCCAAGUUGAGAUCCACAUGUACUGCUCCGAGGCGCCAUGCGGCGAUGCCAGCAUGGAGCUAACCAUGGACGCUCAAGAGGACCCCACGCCCUGGUCGCUGCCCGCAAAUCCGACGCCCGCCGCCUCCUCUUCCGAUGCCGACGUUGUCCUGAGAGGAAGAGGUUAUUUCUCGGAGCUCGGCGUCGUUCGCCGCAAGCCUGCCUGCAUAUCAGCUCGCCCCGAUGCCCCGGAAACCCUGAGCAAAUCCUGCACCGACAAGAUUGCGUUGAAGCAGUUCACCUCGCUUCUUAAUGCUCCGGCCGCCCUUCUCCUGGACCCGCGGACCGCCUACCUUCGCACUCUCAUCCUGCCCGAGUCCCAGCACGUGCCAGCUGCAACUACACGUGCCUUCGGCUCUUCAGGAAGGAUGGCCCCGUUGGCGGCUGAGGGAACCGAGAUGCGGUCACACGGCUACUCUUUUCGGCCCUUUGAGGUUCAAACCGUCUCGCAGGAGUUUGAGUGGUCAAGAAGAAGUGCUUUGCCGGAGCAGAAGCUUGUCCCUUGCAACCUGAGCGCCCUGUACACUCCAUCGCACAGAGAAGUCAUCAUCAAUGGCGCGCUCCAAGGAAGGAAGCAAGGUGACGUAAAAGGAGCUAGCGUGGUCUCGCGCCGAGCAAUGUGGAGCGCUGUAGCUGGCAUCGCCAAGUGUCUGGGCUGCGAUGCCAUCCCAGAAGUCAUGGAGUUGUCGGGUCUGCUUGCUGAUAGCAAAGACUAUGCUACUUUUAAGAGAAUCCCUCUGUUGCUGGGGCGUCAGCAAGUGAAAGACCUUGCAAAGGCAGACGCACUGCGCGGAUGGGUCAACAAUGUAGCUGACGAUAGCUUCAGUAUAGACUGA